ACCAAAGUACUUUCUACCUCGCCCCCGCCCCGCCCCGAGUAAUUCCCUGAAAUGACAUGGUGCCCCCCCCCCUCGUCCCCCAAACCUCCUCGACUAAGUUAGUUAGAUAGGUUCAAUUUGAGGAAUCUUGUGUUGUGAAUAAAGCGAUGCUCCAAUUGAAUGUCUUUCGUGUGUCUGCGACUAUACGACUCGCACCCCUUUCCCUGCUCGUCGCAGCUUCCUACUGGGUGCCUUACACGCCGCACACCGACCGUGCGGACCAGGGCGGGGACCACGGCGCGGACGCAGACCAAGGAGUGCCAUAUGCCGCCAACGCUGCCAUGCCGGCCAUGGCCACGGGGACUGCUCCGGGGUCCCUCGCCGCCUUCCACGGGCCUCUGCGCUUGAGAGGGAUGCGGGGUGCUGGGAGCUUCCCUUGCCAGCAGUGCGGCAAGACGUAUCGGUGGAAGGGCAACCUGUCGCAGCACUUGCGUUACGAGUGCGGCAUGCCACCGCAGUUCAAGUGCCCUUACUGCCCGUACCGUAGCAAGCACCGCAGCGACCUGAAGAACAAGCACAUGAAGACCAAACACCCGAACCUGCCUCUCAUUCUGCCAACUGUGGCGCCCGCCACCUCCAGUUUUUGCUAAUAAUUUACAGAGGCUUAUGGACUUCAGACCAGCUCCAAGCAGAUCCUAUGGGAGGCCAAGGAGGCCCCACAGCCAUGGGGGUGUUCCCGUGCCCCAACUGUGACCGCGUCUUCCAGUGGAAGGGCAGCCUGAACAGCCACAUAAGACUGGA